UGUUCAAAGGGAGAAGAGUUGGAGUUACUCUGCGACCUCUCUCAGCAAGCAGGAUGGAGAAGUCCAAGAAGAUCUUUGUCAGUGUCCUCCUGUCUGUCAUGUCUGUGGAAAUCUGCUUGGCUCAACACUGGUCUUAUGGCCUGCAACCAGGAGGAAAAAGGAACGCCGAAAACCUGGUAGAAUCAUUUCAAGAGAUUGCAAAUGAAAUGGAAAAAUUAGGGGAAGUGCAGAAGACUGAAUGCCCCGGCUCCUAUCAGCAUUCCCGGUUCAGUGACCUGAAGGAAGCCAUGGAAAGUCUGACCGGAGAAGCUAGACUGAAGAAGAUUUAAACCCACAAAGCCAUAUGGAACAAUGGACCCAGAAGAAGAUUUCAAAGCUAUGUUAAAACAAAUUCCUCUUCAAAUGGCUUUGCUUAGAUUGCAUUAUGUGAAUAAAUACUCUGAAGUUGCAUUUAAGU